AUGAAUUUACCGCACGGAAUGAGAAAUCAAACGCAUGGCCAACGGCCAAAAGUCUCUCAAGGAAGUAUUCGAAGAAUCUCAUCCAGUUCUCGAGCGAAAAGAGAUCCUGAACCAUCAUCAUCGGCAUUUAGCAAAGCACGAAUCAGAAGUACCUACAGUGAUAUAUUUACAAAUGCUAUUUCACGUUUUUUACUACCGAUUCAUGUUCUACCUCAUGCUGAUACUUCCGAUCGAUUUACCAUUUGUGCACGUAUUCGACCAUUUUUCGAAGAAGAAACUCUACGGAAUGAUAUAUACGAUUGUGUUAGUACAACUAAUGAAACAGUAACUGUACAUGUUGGAAAUUUACAUUUAAAUAAAUUGGAAAUGAAACACGUAACUUUUCAUUUCGAUAAUAUUUUUGGAAAACAUUCCAGCAAUCAAGAUGUAUAUAAUGUUGUUCAGAAGACAAUUAUACAUUCAAUUCCUCAAAGAGAUAGAUUACCAGUUGAUUCUACUGUAUUUUUAUAUGGGAAAACUGGAACAGGAAAAUCAUAUACAAUCAAUGGAAUUACACAAUUAUUUGCACAUGAUGUAUUUACUUUUAUUGAAAAUUCGCAUUGUGAUAUACGUCUUGGAAUUUCUGCUAUUGAAAUCGUUGCUGGUACAAAAGGAUUUAUCGUUUCAAAAGAUAAUGUAUGCGAUCUUUAUAACAAUGGUGCUCUUGUCUGUUUUAGAGAUGAUGCUGAAGGAACAGUACAUCUUCGAGGUGCAAAAGAGCAUCCAUGUAAUAAUAGCACUCAAAUGGAUGCCUAUAUCAAAGCAGCUAAAAACAUCAGACGAACACAAGCAACAGCUCGUAAUUCAGAAUCAUCUCGAUCACAUCUUAUUUAUUUUAUUCGUAUACGUAAAGCAGCUGAUCAAUUAGAGGAUGGUGAAAUUCUUUCUACUAUUACUUUUGUUGAUUUAGCUGGUAAUGAAGGAAAACAAGAUUCUUUAAAUUAUAAAGGAAAUAGUGAUCAUAUAAAAGAUUCUACAUCAAUUAAUCGUAGUUUAUCCAGUUUACAAGAUUGUAUACGUGCUGCAUCUGCUGGAUCAAAAAUAAUUCCAUUUCGUGGAACUACUUUAACUCGACUUCUCAAAGGUUGUUUCUAUUCGAAAGAAUCUAAAACAGUAUUUAUUGGCACUAUAUCUGGGUUACCGAUGGAUAUUGAACAAAGUAUAUCGACUUUAAAAUAUACCGGUCUAAUCAAAUGGCCUACGGAAGAUUUCACUAUUGAACAAACAGUCAAGUUAAACGGCAUAUUAUAA